UCGCUGAAUCCUCCCCAACCAGCAGCCAAUCAAAUACGAGAAAUUUCUGUGAAUCCUUGCGCGGACAUACGUCACUUCCUCUUUCAACCCAACCUCACCAAGAUGGCACCGAAAAGGCAGACUUUUGUGAAAAGGAGUAAAAAGGGUGCUUGCUGGAAGUUCACCCUGGACUGUACUCACCCUGUGGAGGAUGGGAUUCUCGACUCUGCCAACUUUGAAACAUUUCUGAAAGAGAAGGUGAAGGUUAACGGCAAAACAGGCAACCUGGGAAAUGUAGUGCAAAUUGUGCGUCAGAAGAACAAGAUCAACGUCACCUCAGAGAAGCAGUUCUCGAAAAGGUAUCUUAAGUACCUCACAAAGAAGUACUUGAAGAAGAACAACCUGCGAGACUGGCUGAGGGUGGUGGCGUCGGAUAAGGAAAGCUAUGAGCUGCGCUACUUCCAGAUCAGUCAAGAUGAUGAAGAAUCUGAUGCUGAUGAAUGAAGCUCUGUCUUGAAAUAUGUUUGAUGGGUGUAUCAAGGUCCUGUAUAAGCUGUCACAUCUUCAAAUGUAGGAUGUUUUGAUAUCUGCUUGUAAAUAAAGAUACACACAGAAAUUAA